AUGGUGCUAAGCAGUAUGCUCUUGCUAUGCCCAAACACUACAAUUCUUGCCACUUGUUCUUCUAUUGGAAACCAAUCAGCAGCAGCAGCAACAGAUGGUAAUUAUGGUGGCAUCAACAAGUCAUGCUUCCACAAGGAGAAACAAGCCCUCCUUCAUUUCAAAGCUUCCCUUAAAGACCCUAAUGGCCAACUCUCUACGUGGAGACCUGCAGAAGAUGAUUGUUGUAAAUGGUUUGGAAUCACCUGCAACAAUCAUACAGGUCAUGUAACAGAGCUUGACCUUCGGUCCUAUUAUUAUUAUUAUUUUGAAGGUGAGAUUAGCCCUUCAUUGCUUAACUUAACCUACUUGAAUCAUCUUGACCUUUCCAGAAAUUUUUUCCAUGGAACCAUUCCAAACUUCAUUGCUUCCAUGACUCAAUUAAGGUAUCUUGACCUUUCCGUCAAUGUUUUAUAUGGAACCAUUCCCAGGUCCAUUGGUUCCUUGACUCAAUUAAGUCCAUUGGUUCCUCGACCCAAUUAA